AUGAGAGCAGGUGAACUAGAAUCGCAACAGCAGCACGUGGAGCCGGCAGAGGGAGGCCUCUCUAAGUCAAACAGUGCACUGUCGUACGGCGCAGAGCGGCUGGCAGCGCGUGCGCAGACCGGAGCAGCGCGCGUGCGCCACCCCCCUCCCGGUGGUGACUUGGCUGCUUCCGGCAGCGGUAGCGGCACGCGGUUCAGCCGAGCAGCAGAGAUGCUGGCGCCACUAGCAACGGUCGAUAGCGGAGCCGCCGCUGCACCGCCGCCCAGCCGUGUGGGCGUCGUGCUUCACCGCCACACACUGAGCACUAGCUGCGGCGGUGACGCUCCCGCUGCCGCUGAGCGAGCCCAAGGCCGGCUGUCGGCCGCCGGCCGGCGGGACGCCCUUGGCAUUUCCGAGGCUCUCAUUCACGUCGCCGUAGACGCGGACGCUCCCAGCCCGGGGCCUUCCCCACACUCCGUCUCUGCCGCGCCGACAACAAAGCACGACCACGGCCUCAACUGGAUGGCUACUCGCCCGGCGGCGGCGAGGAACAAAGGCAGCGCGGCAGGGUGGGGCCGUGUUUGUAAACACGGGCCGCGCGCCCGCGGGGAGCGACCACGGCCCGGCUGCGGCUCGCGAGGCAGGCCGGCAGGGCCGCGAUCAAUAGCCUCCCGGUGCGCACGUGCCGCCGGCGACCUGCCGCCGCCACCGCCACUGGUGCCCGCCUCUCCAGCACGGCGCUUGAAGGCCGCCACACGCUGCCCACAGCGCGCUGACGUGACGUCACGGCUCGUCUGCGUGGGCGGGCGUCGCGCCGUGACGUGGCAACAGCGCGGCUGGCUGGCUGGCCGGCCGGCGUUUGAGGCCGCGGCCUCGUUCGUGACCAGCGCCGGGAAUGCACCUCCACCUCCACCUCCGCCGCCACCGCCACCGCCAGCUACAGUGCGUCCGCCCGCCCACUGGCCUUCUGGAGAUCGCGCUGGCCAAGGCGAGCAAAACCUAAAUCACAAGUUACUUCCACAACGUUUUGGGAACUCGGAGAGGGCGCAGCCCGCCAGAGGCGCGCUCCCGCCUGUCCGGCGCGGCGGGCGUCGUGUUCCACGAGGGCUGCAUCGAUCUGCAGCCGCGCCGUGGCCUGGCCUAGCGCUUAAUGGCUGCUCACCCGUGUCCGUGCCCUUCAGCUCGAGUUAUACUGCCGCCGCCGCCGUCACAAGAGCUGCUUGCAAACAGACGCGGAGGGGGAAACAGCGCAACAGUAAUGCCAACCUCUACUCUCCUUCACUCACUCACAAACUCAACGGAACAGCAGUUUGA